AUGUACGCUUUCCGUCAGGCAGAGUUGGUUGGUAAGCGCUUUUUGUGUGUCCGGGAGAAAAAUACUCUUCGCCCAAACUCUCGAUCAAGGCGUGUGGCAAACCCUUUGGACUAUCAGUGGAAAGUUGGAGUAAUCAGGGUUUGCAGCGAAAAGGAUUUCAAUCAUCCAGAGCUAAAGGUUAGGGAAUUUUUUUUUCAGUUUUCACUGUCGAUGUGGACAACGUUGUAGCUGGUUGGCAUUGCUUGCGACUGUUCAUUGAACAUACUAAGCAUUUGUUUGAAAAUGAGAGUCGAUCUCCCAGAACAAAACGGUUUAUUCUUAGCUGAUUUUCCGCUAGUAGACAAAAGGUACAUAUUUAAGACUUUGAAUAAACGGUACACCGGCUAAAAUGCAACUGGUGUUGAAUUGUUCACUCGUUAGUACUCUCCAAUGAACUGAAUAUAAAAACUUCGUGAAAAUGCAGGCUUUGUCAAAACCACCGGAGCAUGAAAUUUCUUAACGCUGAAUCUAUCCUGCAGUGAAGAGUUGAGUAACAUUUCUCUGCUGACUAGAUCACGUUAAAUAACUUAAUUCUUUUAAAUGUAUUAAAUCUUGUGUCCAAAUGAAUACCAGUUCUUGAAUGUGAAGUGACGACUUAUCUUAAACGUGCGUGAUCGCGGGUUGAAAUGUACAUUAAAUCCACUAACAUUAGGAAAUUGGUGUAUUUUAUUGGAAUAUGUGGAUUUUAUUUUAAUUCCUUCGUAGUUCUAUUCGUCUAAUGAUGUCUUUGAUCGCGUGUCUUCAGCAUCAACUGUUCUUGUAUUGUGCCCGUAAACGAAUAACUAUUUAUAUGCCUUACUCGUUGGCUUUAGAUAUAAGUUCAACCGAUCGUAUCAAUAGUUGUGCACAGAUCUGUUGACCUCGUUUAAUUAUUACCCAUACACCACUUAAAUUAAGUAAAGGGUCGGAAACUGGAAGAAAUUUCAAGCAGUGAAAGGGACAUUAUUGUAACCUUCACCAACAUCAGCUUGUAAUAAGAUCAACAACAAAAGACAGGUAUUAAACAUGAAUACUUGGACAAUAUUUUGAUUUCUCUCCUAUAUUACAUUGAGAUUAGGUAAUGGGGAAUUAAUGAAGGAUGUAAUUAUACCAACAAGAAAUUAAAUUCUCCUAGUUCUAUUCAGCGCUGAAUACAUUUUUUUGACUCAUUGUAUUUUGGCUAUUGUGCUGCUUUAGAGGUCUGUCUCUGCACAAUGAAGGUAACUGUUUUCAACUCACCAAACUAUUAAUGAUUUAUUCAGGAAGACUUAAAAUUUCUUCAAGGGUGCUUCAUCAGCUUUAUUCACAGUGUGUUUUGAGACCAGUUGCAAUGUUUGUUUAUUUAAACAAAAUACUUUGAAAGAGAGUUCCUUUUCCAACUGGACUGAUCUAAUAAAAAAUUACCUAGUUAAAUAAGCACUGUAAGAAUUUCUCACCAAGACAUUGGGGCUCUAUGAUUUUCAAAAAACAGCUGUGCGAGAUAUCUAAAAGACUGAGAUUUUCCACGUGUUUUGAUUGGUACAGAGCCCAUCUGCAUAAGUUCUGCUAAACCCACAACUAAUUUAGAUUAUAGUAAAAAUUUGUAUAUAAUGCAUGCUGUCAUUGGUUAGGAUUUUGGGAGAAGACUUGAAAAGUUUAUUAGUCAAUAGCCAUCAGCAUGUGAUUACAAACUUUUUACAGUAUCUUCCAGAGUCCCAGUUGGAUUACUGAGGUGGCAAACUAAUGGAAAGUUAAUUCAAUUGAUUGACCAGAUGGGAUCAUUUACAAGCAUGAUUAUAGUAUAUACCUUACAUAUGUUAGUCUGAAAACCAAUUUAAAUGUUUUGUUUUACUUCUCUAUUGAAGGUCUUAGUUGAGUAUGACGAUGAAGAAUGGACAACUAGGGAAUGGCUUAAAAUUCAUGAUGGAAGCUGGAGGUUAUUUUUGGUGGAAAAGAGCAUGGUAUGGAGUCAGAGACCAGACCCCUCCAAUCCAAAGAGACCUCUCCUUUGGCCAGCUUUGGUAGGAGAAUUUUGUUAUUUUGAUUGAACCUUAGCAGUUGAUUUUAAAAAUUUAUACCUAGGGCAGAUAAUCAACAAACUUCUGCUGUGUAUGCAUAGCAUUGUGAUGAAUUUAUAAAGCCUUGUAGCUCCAUGUUCAUCACUGUACUGGAUGGGGUAUCUCAGUAGUCCAUCAUUGUAACAUACAGAUCAUUUGUAGCUUAAAAUGUGGGACCAUGUGCAGUAGCAUUUAAUAAACUUGUGUGACCCAAGCAUAGGGCUUAUUUUGGUAAAGGUGGUACAUAUUGUUGAACCUGUAUUAAGCUGUUGCCCAUGGGGAAUGGUGGAGUGACCACUUAACACAGGUUCCACAGAAUAGGGAUAUUUGAAAAAAAUGAUGACUCCCAAUUUAUGCUCUGAUUGACCAUUUAAUGCACAAAAACUUGCUCAAAAAUACAACUAACAUUGAUUUUGGGAGCUUAAGAUGGUACUGCUUAAUACAGGUUCAACUGUAUUUAAAGGUGGUGCUUAUUCAAAAAUCAUUUUUUAUUCCAAACAAUGACAACAAGGACAUUUUGUUAUUAAAAAAAAAAGCAUUCAAAAUACCAUUUAUUGUCAUGUUGUGGAGGAAAUUGGCUUGCCCUUUUCACUGGCCUGUUCUGUCAAAUUCACUCCUUCUCUGUUCCUCUGCAGGAGUUCAGGUAAUGAAGCUGAUAAGGAUACUUAAUUCUACUAUUUUUAUGUUUCAUUAUAUGAUAUUAAAGAAACAGCAAAUGAACAUUUAAUGUAGACUAAACUGAACCAUAGCAUGAACUUGUUUUAUACCAUGGAGACUCGGAAGGCUGUUGUGCUAUGAGUUUCAUUUCCAUUGUCAAAGAAGUCUUAAAACUUUGAGAUCAUAUUUAACACCUACACCAGACUAAAUCAAUUGUUUUUAGUCUUACCUACAUGUACCACUUUAAUGGGGGUUAGUUAUGUAAAUAUAUUUUUUUAAUUACUCUGUGCCUUAAAGCUUUAAUGUCAACUCUCUCUUUACAGACAUUUGUCCCCCUUGUUGAUAAACAUGGUUUGAGUGAUGAAGAACGGCCUGUUCCAGUGGAGUUUGUGGGGGACCAUGAAAGGUGCAUCAUGAUAAAUCUACUUUCAUUAUUUAUUUUUUUUUUUUUGCCAAAUGCCUCUAUGCAGAUGUGACUAUGAGAGACUUUACAAGGGAGAGAUGUGUAUAUAUAUAAGGUGGCACACAACAGGGAAUUUGAAAUGUAAAGCAAGAAUUUAAAAUAAUUUUGAAUUGUUCAUCAGCAUGAAAAAAUUAUGUUGAACAUCUGGUAUUCUUCCAACUUCCAGCUGUUAUCUAUUUCUAUAUCAUUUUUGGAAAAGGAUGGAAUUUUUUUUUUUUUUAGAGGGAGGGAUAUUUAUUUAAGAGGGUUGUUCACUAAAUUUCAAAGGUCUGGAUGAAGUGUCCCUUAGAAAAUAGUGUUAAGUAGAGACAGGCUAUGUGUAGGAUAUGGCUGCAAGAUAUUCAAGAAAUUUAAACAUUCAUAGACAAGUAGUAUGUUAAUCAAUAUUUUUGAGGUGAGUUUUCUGUUAAGGAGCAACACACUUGGUGAUUUUAUACCCUGUUUGCCAUGAUCAGGGAAAGUAAUCAAGUGUGCCCAGGCAGCGAAUGCAAUUUUUGUCCAUCUCUACCAAAGGCAUACAUGUAUGAAAUCACUGACAUCUGACAUGUCAGAAAGAGGCAUUUUACGCCAGGGAUCAAAUUAUAGUAAUUGGCAAAUUAAAUCAUCAAGCAAGUCACUGGCUUUACAUUGUUUGUUUGCAUUUGAGCUAAUCCUUAAUUUUGCUUCUCUCUUGUAGAGCAUUCUUGCGGAGUGAUGAGUUCCGUCCAUAUGGUCAGGUAUUACUGAAUGUUAGAAAGUGCCUUAAAGUGUAACAAAUCUUUGUUGUGAAAUAUGUAAUGUUUUCUGGAUUGAUAAAGUUUUUUAGCCCCAUUGCUCAAUAGCAGUUAUUACGAUUGCUUAUAGCACAACCAUAUCAGUACUCAUUUUUAAAAUAGCAUGUAGUUCCAAGAAAUUUCUUUGUCAUGGGUAAACUUUGUCAACCUUUUCCAUAAGGGUGACAUUUUUGUCAGUACUUUUAUGGACUUUGAUCAGCCCCCUUUGUUGAAAAUUCUAAGCAAUUUUCGAUGUGAAUAAGGCAUUAAGACCAAUAUAGUGGAAAAGAAAAGAGCAAUGGUUGUUUUCCAUUAUAAAAUAGCAUGCAUACAAAAUUUAGUUUGUUUAUGUUGACCUCUUGUAGGAUGAUGAUGCCCUCCAUCCAGUCCUAAGAAAUAAUGUGGCUGUAGUACGUGAACUGCAAGGAUGGCAGCUCUUGCAGAAGUCACAGUCAAUUCUUAUGAAAGGUAGUUCUUUUACAAUGCAAACACUGCAGCAUUUUGUUAUUUAUAGAACCCUCUUUCCUUUUUGCUAUGGCUUCACAUUUUACACAUUUGUUUUCUCUGUUUUCAUUUUCCUCUGCAUUGAAGUUUGGUACAUGUAACUUUUAUAGUACUUGUGGCUGAGUUACAUUUUUUGAGGGAAAGUUAGCAAUAAAUGUACCUUACAUAAGUGUUUCACCCCCUUAAAAUAUGCCUGAGAUUAACUCUCUAGUGAUGUUGUGGAUCAGUGUUUUAUUAAGUCAAAAAACUUUUUGUUUUCUUCUUUUGUUAUAAUGAAAUAUCUUACCUUGCAAAACCAAAAAGGUUUGGCUGGAGAAUGUACAAAAAAAUGUUGGUAGAAAAUGUUUUGCUUGGGAAUAAAAUUUAACUUCAACAUUAAUAAAAUUUUUUGUUUUAAGGUCCCUUCACCUUAACUGGUUUUAGAGUCAAAGUUUACAGGUGAGUUUUCUCAUAGUUGUCUGGACACAUAGAUCCAUUGUUUUGCUCAUUGGGGCCUUUGUUAAGGAUCAUUUCAUGUCUCAGAUAACCAUAUUCCAGAAGAGACAUCCACCUAAACUGACAAUGAAGUGUAAGACUAACAGACUAUCAGAACUCUGUCAUUACAUUAUACCAAUAAAAAGAAAGUUAACUCCUGAAAUCAUGCAAUUUUAUCUACAGCAUUAAAAAGUGUAGGAUUUGAUUUGACACUUUUGUAUGUGUGGCCAGGUUACUGAGUUGUUUCAAAAUGGCAGCAGCCUCUGUCAGAUUUUAAGGAUCUAGGAAGAUGUUUGAAUUAUGAUUACAUUAUUAUUUUUGUAAUGUAGGCAAAGCUGCCGGCAGUGGUUUUCAGCUGUAAUAACAGCACAUGACAUUGUUUCCAGGGUAAGUGAUAUGUAAAUGAAAUUUGUGCAAUUGCACUAUAGUACACAUACUUGGAAUUGUUUCAUAUAAUGCCAUAUAUUUCUCAAAUCACCCAUUGUAAUGUUAUUACAUUGCAGUUUAUCACAAAUUUCCAAACAGGCCUGCACGCAAUAUCUUAGUUAAUCUUUUUUCAGGAAAAAUUCAUAGAAUUAUGGAAAAUAUAAUUGCUCUGGAAACAAACUCUUCUAGAAAAGAUUCAAACCUUUACAAGACAGGGAGAGAGUGGAUGACACAUUCCAAAUUUUUAUUACUACUGUAAUGUUAUUUUUUUAAUUUCACAGUUCAUUCACAUUUUAAGGAUUGUUUUGUGUUAAAUGUGGUCACAAUAAGCCUAUAGAUGGGGGAGAUAUUAACCAUUUACACCUAAAAUCAGUAUGUACAUUCUCCAUACUGCUCUUAAUACAUUUCCUAAGGUGCUGACAAGGACAAUUUGUAUACCAAUCAAAAGCUUCUUUUGUUGGUGAUCGUUUCCUUCAUUCUCAUGACCCUAACAUGUGAUUCAGGGGUGAUAUAGUAGGGAGAAAUUUGAUGCUAGUCACUCUUAGGGUUUAAAGGAUUUAAUGAGAAUAAGCUCAACUUUAGAGUAACCAUAUUAUAAAAUUAUCAGAAAUUACCACCAACUUUUUAACUAUACUUUUCAGGAGUUAAGUGUAAUGGAUGACACAGUAUUGCAGACUCACAGAGUUGAUCCAACACUUGUCCAAGUUAUUCUUCUGGCAAAUGGUAAGUACAUUUAAGUUAAUUGUGCAUGGCAAAGGUCACUGCUAGUGAAGGUACUACCAAUUUUUUCCUCUUUUAAUUUGCUUGUUCAUAUCUUGUUAAGUCCUUGUAUUGGGAGUCUCAAAUGAAAAAAGCACUAAAAAAAAUGACUGGCUACAAAAAAACCUUAGGAGAACACUGAAUGACAUCUUUCUGUGUGAGAUUUGAGAACUUUACAUAUCAAGUUGGUCAUGGAGUAUUGGCUUUGAUCUAUAAUUGUGUAUGACAUAUGUGCUUUUGGUUCUUAUUUGCAGAGGCAGAACUAGAUAGUUUGUUGCGAGGGGAGCUAAACGUAGUGCGAGUUUUGCCAAUGAGACAACACCGCCACUCACAAGUUGUUAUCACUGCUCCUUUGACAACACACUCAACAUCUGGUCCUCUUUCUUCAUCACCAUCGGUAGGAAAUUUUCUGGAUUUCUAACAAAACAUAUGACUGGUUCAUUCCUCUCCAGUGAACAUAUCCAAAUAAAUGUUUUUUUUUCAUGAAAUGCUUACCCUCAUUUUUCUUGCUUCCCUUGGUGUGUAGACAUGGCAGUUGUAUUCUGGAUUAUCACAAGACAAUAACACAAACAACCUGGCAAAUAUCACGACACCAGUUUACCAAUCAGCUUUAGCUUCCACAAGUGCUAGAUUGAACACUGCAUGUUCAUCCUCUAACUCACAUGGGAUAAGGCAUGGCAAAGAGAGGAGAAAGUCCACUGAAACAAGGUGCACUAUUUAUAUACAGUUCUAUUGCCGCAGCAGUAUUUAUAUAUAGUUCUAUUGUCGCAGUGGUAUUUACAUAAAGUUUCAGUGCUGAAGUGGUAUUUAUGUAAAGUUCUAUUGCUGCACAUAUGACUGUACCUGACAUGUAAUUUUUUAUCACUAUAAUCAUUGUUGUUCCUUCCAAUCCUCAGGAGAAAAUAGGGCUACCCCCUCCUUCUCUCUUUUCAGACAUUUGUUUGAUCUUAAUUUUUUCAACUAUUCUCCCUUUCUGCCACACAUCAAUUCUCUUUGUUUUUGGUUGUAAUUUCAGAAACAUCCUCAAUUCAACGAGCUUCACAUUUUUCAUAUUAUCAAUAUACAAAUUGACGUGAUUUACCAAAUAUGGAUUGUGUACAAUUCACUUAUUUUGCUUUUUCUAACAGUAGUUCAAUAUAUUUGCAGUAAAAUUGAAAACACAGUGCACAUUUUCAUUUUUGUCUUUUUCUCCCUCUUUCUAAGAAAUAGGACACCUUCUGCUUGCAAAAUUACAAGGUCAAACUCAAACAGCCCAGUUCCAUCCAACGAUACUAUUAAACCAGCAUCACAAACACCUCAGUCAUCUUUCACAUCUUCAGUGGCCACUCCCCUGAUGUCAAACCAUCUAACAGCACCUCACUCACAUAACCAACUCAGCAACAAGACUUCACCCCCAGAUGCAACUAUUUCUCCUGCAAAGAACUCUAGUUCCUCAAGUUCUGUUGGAUCACCUCCAUCAAGUUUUCCAAAGAAAUCACCUCUUAAACAACAAAUGUCACCAAAAACAUCACCGCCAUCAGUGUUAUCUUAUAAUUCUUCACCUGCCUCCAAUGCUAGCAUGAGUGCUAUGGGUAGUCCCUUUAGAGCCCAUCCAUUCUGUUCUUCUCCUGAUUUAUCAUCUGUGGCAAGCAUGGCAAGUCCUAUGGCUGGAAUAUCCCACAUGGGCAUGUGUUCUCCAGGUCAUGCAGCACAUUCAAGAUCACAAGGUCCUCAUCCUCUCUACCCACAUACCAUGGGACUUAACAUCUCACCCAAUCAGCUAUAUGCAUUGCAAUGCCAACAGCAGCAGCAAAUGCCAGCACAAGAGCAGCAGGAGUAUCUCACCAAGUUGCGGCAUCAGCACUACCAAAGUCUGCUACAACAGUAUCAGAUGCACUGUUAUCAACUUCAACUGAUGGUACAGCAACAAGAGCUCAUCCAGCAGAUGCCACUCACUGCAGAACAACAGCAUAUUCUAGCAGAACACUACAACCAGCUCCUUUAUCAAUUUCAAUGUGCACAGAUCUUUCAGCAGUUAGCAGCUGUCACUCAAGAGGAGCAGUUGUCUAACUUUCAUUCUGUUGAGGGUGACAUUCACUCUCUUCCGGAAAGGAUACAGCAGCGACUGCGAGAAGCACAGCAACAACAGAAACAGUGGUUGCAGGAACUCACACCUAGGCUUGAGCCAAAGCAGCUGCACACUCUUUUCACAUGUUUACAACAGAAGAGUAUGACAGCCAAGGAAAUAGAACAGCUUUACUCUUUACUGCUACAGCAACAACAAGAGCAGAAAAGACUAACACAUGCACAGAGGGAGACGCCAGAGUGCGAACAACAGAAGCAGAAACUACAGCAAUGUCAUCAGCAAUAUCAGGUCAUUUGAAGUCUCAAUUAUUUAGUGAUAUGCCCCCCUCAGGGAAUUAUGAGCUGAAUUUUACCCUCCAUAGUGUAGAGAGAAAUGUUGCCGAGAGUUUUACUUUCAAAGACUAUUUUCCUCUUUUUUUUAGGCUUUCUCCUUUGAUCUUCAGGCAAUUAUUAACCCUUUAAUCCCUUAUAUUGACUGAUUUCUAAUUUCUCCUUACGGUAUCAACCCUGAAUCAAAUAUGAAGGUCGUGAGAGUAAAGGAAAUGAUCACCAAUUUAAGAAGCUCCUGAUUGUCAAACAAAUUCUCCUUGUCAGUACCAUAGGAAAUGUAAAGCGAACACUGUGGAGAUUAUGAAUACUAGAGUUAGGGUGUGAAGGGUUAAAAAGAAGAGUAACUUUAGGUGGCCUUUAUGGCAACUGAAUAUAGAGAUGGAGAGUUCCCAAAACCUUUGAAGGCAAGAAGGAAAAAUCAUGAUAUUUUCAAGUAGAAGCUUGUUUUGCAUUCUGAGAAUAAAACUGAUGUAAGGUUUUCUUUGAAAACGACAGGAACAUUUACAGAAAUUUCUCCAAUUACCGAAAUCCCCAUCCUCCACUCAAGUUGUUGAAACUAAGCAGGAACCCAAGCAGGAACCUAAGCCGGAGGCAUCGUGCAGCAGUUCCUCGCCUUCACGAAAUGCCUCACCAUCAACUCUCUCGCCAUCACCAAGUUCAUCGACAUUCACCGUACACCAUUUACCCAGCGUAAAAGAAAAAGCUUCUUCUCCAAAAGGCAUCAGUGAAGAUAAAUCUGAAAAUGAACCAAGUGCAGGGGUAUCCUCUUCCGAGAGUCCGAAGCUUACUGAAAGCAAAAAUGUGGAGGAGAUAGAGUUGACAUCUACUACAACAACUGGAGAUGGGCAGUCUCUUCUCGAGAAAUUGUUGCAACAUCACUUGAAGGCUGUGGAGAAUAACAGAAAAGAAUCGUCAACAAAGGUUUGAAAAUAUUUUGUAUUGGACUGGAUUACCUUAUUUCCUUUCAACCGAAAAAGUUAAGAUAUAAACUGGGAUGUAAGACAAAUAGCAUAUCAUUUUGAGAUACUUUGGUUUUUCGAGAUACUUCAAUACAUCUAUAGUUAAAGAAGGUAAGUGAAUCUCAUUCUUACCUUAGUUAUUUCUGUCCGAUUUCUUAACCGUUUCAUUCCCAAGAUCUACUUGUCAAUUCUCCCCCCUAGCUGCUACACAUUUCCUUGUAAAUUAGUCACGAGAAUUUAGUGAUAGAUCAUGGAAACAACUUCUACCUGAUGAGUUGGGGUGUUCUCGUUACCUGUUUGCUGGAUAACGUGUGGGAGAAGUUACAUGUUAAUCACUUCUGGGGGAUUAAAGGGUUGAGUUAACUCAUAAGAGUGACAGUGGAAAUGUUUUCGUUUAGACAAAGAAAUCGAAAGUUGAAGAAAAGAGGAGUAAACGGCGAAGGAGGUCAACAGAAUCCAAGGAUGAUAAUCUGGCUCAAAGAGACAGCGAGAUGGUAAAAUGUUCUCCUUCAGUUUCUUUCUCGUCUGAAGGAGAUUCCACGAAUGUCAUUUCAUCAUCAUUAACAGUCGGGGAUGGCCCAAAUUCGUCUUCAAAUAAAUUCUCUCUCGAAAAAAGGGAAGAGUUCCUCAGUAAUAAAAAUUUUCAUAAAAAUUUAAGUUUUGGUGAGGUGGACAACAAUCACGGAAAAGAAGGAAGUGGUAUGGCGGUCACUAUCAAAGAAGGCGAUAAAACAGCUUCAAAUACAGAAGGGGAAACAUCUGCAUCAGAAAAAGAGAGAAAUAGUGGUAAGAGUAAACCAAAUGAACAGUCAGCUGAUACACGAAAAGGAGUCUUCUAUGAGGAUGCUGCACCAUGGAUCCCAGAUGAGGCAACUCAUGAUGUGCCUCAGACAGUCAGACUAAGCAGCAAUGUAACUGAGUCCAUAGAAAGUUUCACUGGCGCUCGGAAGGAUUUCAAAAAAGAAUCUUCAACGGUCUUAGGUGGAAGGGGUUCAGGGGAAAUGUUUGUUAAUGACACGGCAGCUAAAAAUCUGAACAUUGCAACUUUAGACGGAGGAGAGAUGGUAGCACAAGGGAGAAACGACCCCAUUGUCCCUAAAGUCAGUUCCACUGACGAUAAGAAAGAGAUUAUUCGAGGGACAACAGUAAGGAUUUCAAAGAAGGGAUCUACAAAGAUUCCAAGUAAAGACUCUUCAAAUGCACAAUCGUUGAGUUCCAGCUAUAAUAGCGCUACUGAUUUAGGUACGCCUUCCGUGAACGUUAAGGACAAGAAGGACUCGGAGCGAAUGGAUGUUAAGUGCAAGGAGAUCGAUACCUCUGUUGCAAAACAGAAACCCUCCUUGAGUUCAGAAGUAACGCCUUUGUUCACGAAAAGUUUUCUCUCGACGUCAUCUUCAAAUUCUGCUGACCAUAAUGGGGAGUUAUUCAGUGGCGAAGGACUUAAAACGUAUUUAAGAAAAGUCACUCCUAAUAAACGGAAAUUGGGCACGGAAGAUAACUUUGUAGAGGACAAUUCAAUUGCGAAAAAAGCUUUGACGAUGGGCAACAAGGAAUCACCUGAGACUGACCGCUUGAAAGAUAUCAUUCCUAACAACAGCAAAGUAGAACUUGCCAAAAGAUUAAACAAAAAGUUAGCAAAUUCGCAUCUGGAGGAAAAAACUGUACAAAGUCAACCCCAACUCAGUGUUUCUUCGUCAGAAAGGACUAAAGCUUCGAGGAAAAACUCAGCUGAUGCAAACAACGUACUAACGAAGAGAUCAAGGCGAGAGGAAAUCAUGUCCUCUGACGUUGAUGACGCUCGACAUGAGACUGAUGUAAAACUGCAACUCAAAGAUAACAUCACAAGGGAGGAAGAUAAAAAUCGUGUGGAUUCUGUAAGUUUUGUUGCUGAUCAAGUUGUUAAUGAAAUAUCGAUAAAUCAUAGCCCGACUGCGAAAGAUGCGCCGGGCGACCAAUUUGAGGCUGUUAAAGUGAACUCUGAAAGACAAAACAGCAGAAGUAAAGAGAGAAUCAGGGAGAUCACGAGCAAGAAAAAGGAGUUAAAAUCAAGAGAGGAGAGGAAUAAAGAGAGACAGCAAAGAGGUGUUGAUUUACCCUCUGUUUGUGUUAAAGAACCAGAUACUGCAGACAGUCUUGAAACAGUGGUGGAUUCAGUACUAGACGAAGAAAUUGCUCUUAUUUAUAAAGCGGAUGGUGAGUGCUGUGAAUUGAUAUUUACAAAGCUAAUUAAUUGCUUUCCAAUUUCAGUCAUCAUUUGCUCGGCAUUGAAUUCGUAAAUCUAAAACAAACAUUGGUCGGCUCUUUUGAAUAGUCACGCACUUGCGAUACAGGGGUCAGAAAUUAUAACCCUUUGUGCUUUAUAAGAGUGCUGUCCAAGCAUUAUUUUAUUGGUCUAAGUGAUAUCACUACUUCAUGUAGAUCUCUAAACUACGAACAGUCCCUGCUUUUGCGAGUUGGAAAAAAAACGUGAAAACAAAAGUUGGUGUUAACGCGACGCGUGAAACUCUGUGAGUGAGGUGCAAUCUUUCCUUUUUUUGGUGAUUUUGUUUUCCUACUCGCGCGAUUGACUUCGUCGAAUAGAAGGGACUGCUUGUAGUCGAGCAGAUAUCUUGCAUAGAGUCAGCUGCACAGCUGUUAAGGUUCCCAACUGAAAGAUACGUGUAACAGCAGCUCCAAAACUGAUUCAAGAUGAUUUGUAUUGUUUAAGAGAAUCAUGGUGAAACAAUACCAGUGAAAUUUGUUUAUCAAGCUGAAAAAAAAUGUGUUCUCUAUCAUACAGAAGAACAAGACAAUGAGAGUUUGUUGGCAACCUCUGAGACUAAUGCUAUAGGUAAGAAGAUUGCGUCGUUGUUUCAGAUAUUCGUUACUGUUUCAAAAUUAUAUCAUACGCUUUCAGUGUAAGAUACACUUGAUAAACAAGUAUUGAUAAUAUAACUAGAAGAAAACACAAAUUGUGACAGAAGUAAGUAUGCAAGAAUGGGAGAUUUGCAACGGGAACGGACCAGAGAGUGAAAUAUGAACAUGACAUGCUGGUCUGCUGGAUGAUUUUCUUUCUACUUCAUUGGAAUAUGAAGAUAUGAAAGGUGCAUGGGAGGAAACUGAAUAAAACACUCCUACCACAGAUGAGCAGAAUAUUUUUCUACUCACAAUAACUAAGUGGUUUACCUUUCACAUAAAAAAAGGGGGUGCGAGGGUGAGUUUCUUAAGAGUUUCUUAGCCCUUUAAACCCCAACAUCAGAAUGCACAUUCUCCAUACUCUUCUCUAUAUAUUUCCUUAUGUGCUGACAAAGAGAAUUUCUUAAACAGUCAUGAGCUUCUUGAGUUGGUGAUCAUUUGCUAUGUUCUUAUGACCUAAAUGAUUGAUUCAGGGGUGAUACUGUGAGGAGAAAUUGGAUGCUGGUCACUCUUAGGGGUUAAAGGGUUAAGAAACUCGCGUGAUGCGUCCGUGAAGGUUAUCACCCGAUACUUUGGUUUCAUGAAAUGAGUGGAUGAUAAACAAGUAUGCCACGAGCGCACGUUGGAUAUGAGAUGAUACGGUCCUCGUUGGCGAUAAUCAUCUCAUAUUCAGCAAGCGCGAGUGCAAUGAUUGUUUUAUUAAAAACGCCUCAAAAUAUGGAUAAAUCCUCCCAACUUUAUUUUGUAAGAACAAACGUAAUGUUACAAUGUACGAAAACACUAUCGGGUUAUCUGAUCUUCAUGCGCGUGCAUGGUAUAAUGGCUCAUAACCCAUUAUGGCUAAGCCAAUGAAAACUCUUGAAUUGCAUUAUCCAAUGAUCGAGUUUUUAAUAAUGUAAAGAGUAUUUAAGGCUGACGUUUCGAGCGUUAGUCCUUGAUCAGAGCAUUCUACCUAUCAUAGCAUAUAAAGUAACAUUUCCUUGUCAUCCUGUUAUCUUGUGAAAGCAGUUAAAACUGAAGAAAGACCGGUAACACCUGUAAAAGAGAAAGAGAAGGAAAAAGGGAAAGGAGUAACCGUCGGUUCUGGAAAGGAACCUGCGCCACCGAGGGGACGAGGACGACCGAGAAAAAAGGAAGUUAAGAAAAUCGUAGAUGAAAGUGAGUUUUGAUGCUACCAAAGAGAAAACGCUUUUACAUCUAAUAAUUGAGCCAAAUUAAAGCAGAACUUUGUUUAUGUUAGGUUGUAAUUAAUUAUACCGCAUUGCCGACUUGUGAAGUUAUAUCUUUUAGGGCAAGUUCUCCUUAAAAACACCAUACAAUUUUGCUUAAAAUCUGGAAAGUUAGCCCGAAAAAUUUGUUUUUACUUUUCCCGAAAAAUAGAGAGUGUUCCCGGUUUAAUUGUGAAUUUGAAAAUAUGUUAAAGCUUCCUUACCUCUUCACGACUUCUUUUGCCAAUUGGUGGAAAACUCAUACUGAAACGUAACGUCAACGCAGCUUGCACUUCUUCCUCCCAAAAUCUCUCUUUUGCGCGCUGGCGCAUUUCCUGGGGACUAAGCUCCAAAGGUGCAUCAACUACCUCAGUUGGUACAUUGAAGAAAACCGAAGAAUGAACUGAACUGAACAUUUCUUAAUACUUUUGCAGGCGAUUCGACUUCACCGAGCUCAGAACAAUACUUUUUGCAGGUAUGUAGAGAGGUUUACGUUAACUUUUCAUCGUGUGCGUACCAGGAUUACAAAGAUGAUAUGCGGAUUAUGGAAUGUAAUCCGGCCUACAGGGGAAUGAUAACCAAAGGGAGAGGGGGAGAGGAUGGGAGGGGAAGAAAUAUAUUUUAUUUUAUGCUGCUACCAUUAAAAAAGCGAUCAGAGUUGAAAUGAGAUUCUAUAGAAGCCUAAUUUUAGGUGAGAAUUUGUCAUUAAGAGGCCAGAUCGAAGAAACGAUAAUUAAAACAAGCUAUUUAGAGAAAACUGUUGGAAGAAGAACGCUUGAUUAUUUUUUAAGGUUUAUUUAAAGAAGCAAGAGCCCAUUCAGGUUAUACAUGUACGAGAGAAUAAAUGGUUAGGGCUGUUUGCUGAAAUGAAAUGCAUCACCAAAAAGCCUACAGAUGUUAGUCAGUUAUGAAACCGUUGUUUCAACUCAAAGCAUACAUAACACUGCUUUGAAGCCUCGUCUUUGGAGUUUUUUUGUUUGGCAGCUGGUUCUUAAAAGACUUGCUUUCUCGUCUGCCGUUUUAGGACCGAAUUUGUGCCAGUUUACCUGACCUGCCUAAGUGUAGAGAUUGCAGAGAGCACCCCAGUCAGAGGAAUGGAUUGGAUUGCUGUAGAUUUAACUCGUUCAGAAGGUGAGUACAUGUUAUUACUUAAUGUACUUCCAUGUUCAAUCCGUCUCACCACGAGCGUUGGACAAAGAAAAAAUAUGACACUACCGCGAGGAAUCGAACCCCAGACCUUCGGAUUUCGCGCUGUGAUACCCAGCACUAAGUUAAAGAAAAUUACAUGAACAGUGAAGAGUAAAAAAUUUUCUGAUAGGAAUGUUGCUCCUUGGUUUCCACUGCCAGAGUCAAAAACUUUCGAAUCUGGCAGUUUGUUAGAUGCGCGGCGAAGCAAACCUCGUUAUAGUGCUUAGACAUCUUUCCCUAGUUUUAAGUAAUUUUUUUUCCGUUGGUAAAGGUUGAGAAAGAAGAAAAAUGGCACCAUCUUAUCGGCUGGUUUCCAGCUGCCUGAAGAUGCCGCUGCAGAAGACUUUUUACCUUGGGUAGCACAGGACAAAGGUUUGUAUGCAGUUCUUCACACACUUUCUUACCCGAGUUGAAACAUCGCAGUAAGUAUUUUGGGUCCUUCUGAUGCUUCAUAACAUUAUAACACUCAGUAUGUCGGGAUAGAUAACCCUACAAGUAAGUAAAAACUGUAAAGGGGUGAGACUGCAUAAGAUGGACAUGGGUUGCGGAUGGUAGAAACCCAAAUGUUACGGAGCUAUUUUAACAACCUUGAGUCUCGAUCUUACAGCUUUGUCAAAAAUCGUGAUGUUUGUUGUAAGAUGUUUCUUUUCUGAUUCAGCCCGUUCUCGAACGUAAUUUUUUGUUGCACUGAGAACAUUUUGAUCUGUUUUCUUACAGUCGACAGGCUCGACAAGAAGACUUCUCUUUACAUCUUAUAUAAUAUCGGAGAUCAAUUUUGCUCCGUGAUGCAGGAAGAAAAGAAGGCGAUUACUUGUGUGGAAACAGAUGGUAAACAAGGUAAGGCAAGAGUUUUUGUGCGUUUUUGGGCAAUUUCCGUUUUGCUUUGUUUUGUUUUUCAUAGUAGCUUUCGUAGAAAGCUUUUUUCUUUCAUAGUUUUUUAAUUGCUUUUCUCGAGCCAGCGCCAGUGUGUGAUUGGUGCAGAUAGAAAUAAAAUUGUAUACUCUCUUUCCUCAUCAGUGACUGUGGCAUACAAACGAGCUGUUCAAGGUGUAAGGGAAAUGUGUGAUGUGUGUGCGACAACUAUUUUCAACGUACACUGGGUGUGCCACAGGUGUGGGUUCGGUGUGUGCUUGGAUUGCUACAAGCUUCGUGUUCAGGAACGAGAGAGGCAGUCUGGUAAGUUUUGGGAUACUACGCCGCUCAAGUCAAACUGUAAACCUAACAGGAUCUAGAGGUGGUUGGAAAAAACUGGUAAAAUCAAAUUAGAGUAGCCUUUCGUCAGAGCGAACGACGAAGGGCUAACGUUCGAAACGUAAGCUUUGAAACUCUUUACGGUGGCCAAUUCACACCAUCAACUGAGUAGAUAAUACUAAAUUACACUGUAUUCUUUGCUUGACUAUUCAAUCAAGCUAGUGAUGAUAGUCUUGAAUGUUUCUGCUUCGGAAGGGCGUAAUUUGUUUUUCUAACUGCUCUUACUCUCCUGUUUACAGGCCUUGCUGGGAAGCGAGUGUUUGAAUUCAAGUGGGUUAUGUGCUGUCCGGGAAUUUGUCACCAGCCAAAGUUCUUAUCUGUGGCGCAGAUUAUUCCUAAAACAGGUGAAUUCAGUACAUUUACUGUGCGAUUAGUACUUAAGUCGUCUAGUUAGUCUCUGCUAGGGUAGAACGCAUCAAACUAAAACAAUUUAAGUCUCUAAUCUGGCGACGCAUGCAUGCAUUUUAAAUGACAGUAACAUAUUCGCAUGGAAAAGAAAGUUCAACUUUUCUAAUGAAGCAAAAGCGACCGAAUGCAAAGAGAACGUGUCGUGGAACCAUUUUUUAGCUUAAGGGUACGACGUAGGCCUAAAACUUUUCUCUUGUUAAGAAUGAAAUUAAAUAGUUCACCGUCUAUUGACCUUACAGUCUUAUCUGACCUUGGAGACGAACUGCACAGAGCCAGAGAAGUAUGGAAUAUUAGCAAAACAUGUCCAUGUAAGGAGAUCGAUGACGAUGACGAUGACGAGGACAAUGAUGAUGCUACGGAAACUGGACUCUCCAGUGAGGAGUUGACCCAGGUUGAAGAAAAUGGCGUUGAUGCUUGCAAAGAAACAAGCGACACCAUUGUGAAAACGGAACCUUUGUCCAUUUCUUCGAGCCAAACAGCGGGUGCAGGAGAUAGCGAGUCCAGUUUUGAGGAUGACGUCAACCUGAUCUGCGAUGAAAGUUUGGGCAUUGACUCGCCGGCUGACCAAGAGCAGGAGUGGCUUACCGAAGAAAAGCGGAGAAAUCACUUUUACAAGAAGGCUGGGUUUGGUCUAGUCGAAGCCAAGCCGCAGAAGGCCAAGAAAGUCUCAUCUGGUUUAAGUUUGUUAAUGGAUUACAGCUCAUCGAGGGAAGUGUCCCCUUGCGACUCACCUGUCAAAGAUGUAAAACCCGCAGCAGGGAUGUUCAACUUUUCAUUGGGUGGUAACGGUGGCAGUUUUUCUGGUCUAGAUCUUCUUGCUUUGGCCUGUGAGAGAAAUGGAGAGGAUUUCUCAAUGGAUAACACCUUCCGUUUGAACGCUGAGAGCAAGACGGAAAUGGAUACAACAAACUUCAACCCACUGAACAAACGAGAUGACAACAGGACUACAGAUGGUAAUUAUUUUGAUGUAAAGAAAUCUAAAGUAACGCCAUUGUAGAAAAAAUGAGGAAAAAAAUUAAGGAAACCAAACAAUGUCACACCUUGAGCCCGUUCCCCGAAGGCCCCGGUAGUUACUGGUCCCAGAAAGCGGAUUUUCAUCUGGAGUACUUUCCUUAAAGAUCGAGAUAUUGAUGGUUUUGAUAUUCAACCAACUAAAACUCAAGCUGCUGUUCUAUAGAUGUAGACUAGAAAAUAAGAUUUCAAGUCCCCUAAGUUACCGGUUUUCUGAGAAACGGGCCCGAGCAGACAUGCAUUCAACACUGUGUAAUGUUUCGCUCUCACUAGUAAUUCUCUCCACAACUGCCAUGUACUUCGGUGUAAAUUAGUAGAUAGAAUUUGGCUUCGUAGCAACAACCUUGUCUAACUCCAAGUAAUGAGGGUUGAUACAUACUCCUCACCAGUUUGAUAGACAAUGUACUGAAAAUGUGACGGGACUUUCCAUGUUAAUCUCUUCUGGGAGUUACAUGUUACGGGUGAACGCACGUCGUUGGGCAAAGACUAGACAAGUCCCCCGCUCUAGACGUCUAUUUCCUCUCGUAUUUUUUUUCAUAUUUGAUUCUUACCAUGUUCUUAUGUCAGUUCCCGGCCCAGUCGCCACAACUUGUGAAUCGACAAGUGCCGAAUAUUCUGAAGAGGUACGAAGCCACGCGGUCGCCCCAGUCCUGGACUCACCCGAGGCUGUACCCCAUUCUUGGUUGUGCGAUGGCCGUUUGUUGAGACUCCACGAUCCCAGACAUCCAGGAAACUUGAAAGCUUUUGAGGCUCGGUGGAAAAAGGGCGAGGUAAACACUCUUGUUUGGCCAGUAACAGUUGGGAUAUUUAUUGCGUUCUCUUUGUCCUCCCGUUAUUGAGUAACCUCAAAAAUCUUUAAUGAGUAGGGUGUUCGAUCGUGUUCAUGCGGAAGGUUAGUUUUCGUGUGUGUUUUCGCGUUGACGUGUUUGUGUGUAAGCUAUGGCUUUGGUGCUUCUUGAUGAGCUUCUUGCUGUUUGCUUGUUCAUGAUUUUAUGAGCGUUUCAAUGGAAACGCUGAGUACUGUCUGCAAGUUAGAAACGAAAAGAAGGUAAUAAAUAUUUCAGUCAAUUUACUAAUUUCUUAGUGGUAAAUUACGCUGAUGUUGCAAAAUCCAAACCUCGUUUGACCCUGGAAUGACCGUGACGUUGUUAUUUGUUACUAGCCUGUUCUGGUCAGCCAAGUGGACAAAUACUUGAACCUGGAUAUUUGGACUCCAAAAGCAUUUGGCGAGGAGUUUGGUAAGUUACGUGACACUUAGAAAGAUACAAUGAAGUAUCUAUCACGCAACACCUUUUGCACAACCUUGUAAGAUAGCUUCGCGAUAAGGAUGCGUGUAAAAGAGAUGUUAAGUCCUCUGGCCUGAAUACAGAGAGGUGGGAGGCAUUGAUGAGUAAUAGAGCGGAGUUAGGUAGAGAAUACUUAACUAAAGAACAGCACAUCACCUUGGUAACGAAAGAGCAUAGGGAAAGGUCGGCUACAAUAUUUUAACGACCCUGUUUGAGGCACAGCCUACCUUCCAGAAUUGGGAUCGUGUCUGUAAAUCUGACAUUGAUUGGAUUGUAUAGCUAUGGUAAGCCUUGUUUCUGUCAGUGAAAACCUCAAAGUGCAUUGAAUCUUCGAACGUUUUCCGACCGAUGCGUGCUAUUACCACCAGAUAAAUGAACUAAAUACCUAGAUUUAGAGUUGGUCAAGAUUGCAACGCAACCCUCUCUGCUUAACUGUAGCCUGACAUUUUUACAGCUAUUGACUAAAGGAAUUCACUUAAAGUUCUUGUGUGUGGUUCGCGGAGUUAUGUGCAAUAAGCGGUCUUUUCUUUACAGGUUCUGAAAUUUCUGAUGUAGUGAACUGCAGGAAUGGAGUGGUGGUCGAGCGCUUUAAAGUUGGUGAUUUUUGGCAGGGAUUUGAGAGCAUAAAAGGUGUAUAAAUACUCUACAGUAUUUCUUCUGUUUGUGAUACAUACGAUGUAUUAUUAUUAUCAUUAUUAUUAUAUUACUCUUAUUGUGUUUUUUUUGUUGUUGUUUUUGUGUAAAUGUCGUUUUUGCAAUUUAUUUGUUGUUUUUGGAAUUAACCAUCGUUUAAACUCUGUCCAACUAGAUCGUCCUUUGGAUAGCAAUGGCGAACCAAUGCUGUUAAAACUCAAGGUAUCUUAUCUCCUAGCUAUAAUUUUUUUUUCUCCUAUUAUAUGAAAUCUCUUUACGUGACAUAUCACAACAUUGCCCAUUGAAACUGUAUCUUUUGGCCUUACUGCUUGACCACGUAUUUUUUAAGCGUGUUGUUAAGUCUUUGACCCCUAAAAGUGGCUCGCAUCUUAUUUCUCCUUACACCAUCACCCCUUGAUCACACAAUAAGGUCAUGAGAAUAAACGAAAUGAUCACUAACUAGAGAGGCUCUUGGAAAAUUCUCCUUUUCAGCGCCUUGGGAAAUGUAUAAAGAACAGUAUGGAGAAUAUGUAUAUUGAUGUUAGGGUGUAUAUUGAUGUUAGGGUGUAAAGGGUUACGCAAAUGUUCAUGUCGUUGUGGGAUUCACUGUUGGUCAGCGAAGAAAUCCUAUUUGGUGCGAGGUCCAGUAAGGAGGGCUCUUACUCCAUCUCCGCGCAUGAAUACCUUGAUUCUAGCAUACUUCUUAUCCAUGCUCGUUUGAUUACAGGACUGGCCACCGAAAGACGACUUUAGUGAAAAGCUGCCCACCCGGUAAUCCUCUUUUGUUGCUCGAAGUCGCAGUUUGUGGUUUAACGUAUUUUUGUCCCGAAGUACAUCUCUCCCGUAGAAUAAGUUAGUUUGUGCGUUAAAAUUGAUGGUUUUUUUUCUUGUUGUUGUUCUCGUUAUUUAAGGUUUGAAGAUCUGAUGAACAAUGUCCCUUUACCAGAAUACACAAGGAGAGAUGGCUCACGAAAUUUAGUCUCGAGGUAUUCAGUUGUUAUGUACAUCUGUCCUCUUCAAUUUCACGUGAACCGUUACUUUGCAAUGGGUGAUCAUUGUUGUUUGUUUGAAGUGAGAAAGGUUUAGACUCGGAGCGAAUUAAGCUGCAUCUAUACCAGCAAAGUUACAUCCAUUAGCUGAGAACAGUUUACUUUCACAGUGCCUCUCAGGAGAGGGAUUUUUAAAGGAUGGGGGGGGUCACACAGUGUCAAACAGAGGGUACUAACCAGAUUGUUAUCUCGACCUCCAUGCCGUAUUUUACUAAAUGUGUCAAAAAAAGCUCACAAAGGGGGGGGGGGGGCGAGGACAACCCAGCCCCCCUAACUACGCCCUUGAUCCCAGUAGUAUAAAUUAGACCCGCGAACUGUCAGGGCAGCCCGAUAAAAUGCUUGGUGGGUAAUCUUGCCAUGGACUAGCAUCCCAUCCAGGGGGUAGUAGUAAUACUCUUAGCUGCUUCAUGCUAUGGAAACCGGUAUUAGCUCCGACCAGAUAAGCCACUAGGCUCCAUUACAGUUUUCACCUUCGAACACUUGUGAACGACACUUGUCGAGGAGAGCGAGCUUGACGGUGGAGAAUGUCUGAAACCCUUUGCAAUUUCCUCGACAAGUGUACUUAUUGAGUACUAUCUACAGCAGCAAAUUUCGUGUUUGACGAGUUCCAUGAUCAGAACCUGGCAUUUUUGUUUGUGGACAGUGGGUAUUGUUAAAGAAAAACGUGUUCCUUUCUCAACCGCGGCUAUUCCUUACUCUCUUAUCUCACUAUACAACGGGCUUGUGGCUCUGAUAGUGCAUGUUCGUGAAACGAAAAGAUAAUUUAGCGUUUUCUUUUUUUUUUUCCCAAUUUACUGAAGGUUACCAGACUUCUUUGUCAAGCCAGAUUUAGGGCCAAAAAUGUACAACGCGUAUGGUAAGAUUUCAUUGUCGUGAAUGUUAUUAUCACUUGUCGUCAUUAAAGUGCUUUUUCGGUCAACACACGUAAAUCUUUUGAAAUGCUUUCCUGUCAGUAUUUUGUAUCUCUCUAUUUUAUUUUUUUUUUCAAUUUGACGAUAGAUUAGGUUCGUUCUUCGCCUCUCUCGAGUACUGUCCUCCUCGUUUUCCUCGAAAGAGCGUGGCUCAUUUCUCGAACAGUGGCUGGUCAUCGAGCCAAACAAGAUAUAUGUAGAGCGAAAAAUACCAAGCUAAUAUUGAGACGUAGCUCCUUCCUCCCAUCAGAUUUGUUUAUUGUAUAUUCAGCCUCUUAUCAAUCAAAUAACGUUUCCUUUACUGUUAAAUUGAUUUGGCGAAUGGUUCUUAAAGGCUGUGUGCUACUCUACUACUACCAUUGGUAACUUGCUUCAUUAUCAAUGACUGUGUCUCAGUUGGACUGUGUCUUUUUCAGGUUCCGCAGCAUGUCCUAAGGAAGGAACAACGAACCUUCAUCUGGAUAUGUCAGAUGCUGUUAAUAUCAUGGUUUGUAGCAUUGCGUACAGAGAAGUGUUCUUUGGUACUUUGUUUUUUUCCUCCUUUUAUAAGAACAAUGACGGUGUAGUGUCCUAUCACCUGCACACAUUUAUCGCCUGAUUCCUCGCCGAUGAACUUCUUUAGGACGCUCUUUUCGAGUCGCACUUCGCUUAAUGCAGCCAAUUUGUCAACUGGGCAAUGUUUCCGAUCAUAGCAAGCUUGUUCCUCGCGUUUCGGCACUGUUAACCAAAAGGACCAUUGAUAAUAUGGGCGAAUUUAGCCGAUGCGAUGGCUGUUUGCUGAUACAUGCAUAGUGGACUGGUCAUGUGCAAUGACCUCACUUAUCACACACCAAAAACUAGAGACAGUAUAGCGUUAGUUACCGAUGUAAUGCCAGCGUAAUAACGCCUUUAUCGUUUUGCAGGUGUACGUUGGAGUGCCGAAAGAUGAAGGAGCCGGUGAUAAGGAAAGACAAGGUGGAUUGUUAAAAAAAAUAUUGUUGCGUUUAUAUAGUGUAGAUGUGAAGGAAUCUCUUUUCAAACAAGGGUUUUAUACAUUGAAGGUGUCAGAGGCAAGUUGAUAUUAUCUCUGUCGUGAGACUUGUAGUCAGUUAUCCUGGAGACUUAAGUUUCUGCUAAUCACGUAAUUUCAAAUUCUACCGCACAAGUUAUUGAUAUAGAAGAUAAAUUGCGACAAAAUGUUUAGGUGAAUUUCAAUUACACACUUAUGGCGAUAGUUUUAACUUUAAUUAAAUGGAGCGUAUUCGUGUAUGGUCAUCUUCAUUAUAUGCAAUACAGCGAGGAGUGCACUUCGCGCUCUUAUGCCGACUGUGUUGGCUGUGUGCUAUGGAGACGACGGGUUCCUAAUCGAAAAAUGGGAGGAGGCCGUAUUGAACAAGAGAAACAUGGUCACGAAUUUUUAUGAUUUUCUAUUAUGCUUUUAGCCCUAAUAUUUCAAUAUCCUCCGUUCCUUUUGUCAGAUGCCAUCAGAGCAGUGGACGAAGCGUGUGACGAGUCUCAGAGGACACGAGUCCGGAAUGAAACAGCCAGAAUUGUAAGCAUAAGUUUCAACUUCUUAGAUCUUUUGCAAAGGCUCUCCCAGGUUCUGAUCUAGGAACUGGUAACAUAAGAAGAAGCUGAACGAUCUGAGCAGUCAAAAUGACUUGGAGCUUUAGAACGUUUCGUCUAAUUUUUAUCAGAAUUCCAUCGGAAUAUUGAUGAAGUCGAAGAAUUCAUAGAGGUUGGCAGGCAGUUCUGAUUGAUAACAAACUUGUCAUUUUGAAUGGACAAGUCUGGUUGGUCUGUUAAUCCGUGGUAUGUAUCUAAAUGCUUUGCUUUUUUCAGGGGGCUCUGUGGCACAUCUAUGCAGCAGAAGAUGCGGAUAAGAUCAGGGAUUGUCUCCGCGCGGUGAGUGUCUCGUUCUUGUCCUCGAAAAGUACGACAUGCUGCGGCCAAAAAAAGAAAAAACGGAACUGUUGUAUGUUCUGUUACGCCGUGUCUCAUCGUUUGUAGUGAUCCGUUUAUCUAGAUCCCAUAGUUUAACUCUAUUUUUGCUUAUGUUCUGUCAGUAAAACGUUUUCAAGUUAGAAGAACCUUAUGAACGUUAAGAACAGUUUCUCACGCAUAUGAUAUUUAUUUUGUCUUAAUUCAGGUGGCCAAAGAACGGAAGAUGAAAUAUUCCGCUCAUCACGACCCCAUACACGAUCAGGUUUCUGUUGUUACUCUGUCCUUUUACUUGUUUAUUUGUUUGUUACGUCAACUGGAUGAAACGCGAAGACCGAAUUCUUCUUUUUUUCUUAGAAAUCCUUAUUCAGUUAGAAAUUUAGCUUUUCUGUACUCCUUGAAUUUCUGUCAAACGUUCAAGUCUUUUACGACGCCUUACUAAUUGGAAGACUUAGAUUACUCAGUAGAAAGCAGGGUAACUCAGCAGGAAAGAAGGAUAACCUUUUGGAGAAUGUUGUUUUCAAGAGAGAACUAAACUACUUUUGUUGUUUUUGCAGUGUUUUUACCUGGAUCAUGAAAUCAGACAGAGACUGAAAGGGGAAUAUGGAGUGGAAGGCUGGGCGAUCUGUCAGUGCCUCGGUGAUUCUGUGUUCAUUCCAGCUGGAGCCCCUCAUCAGGUACUUUAUCAGUAAGUUGUAUCGGAGCGAGUUUCUCUUGAAGCAGUGUACGAGUUGGGGCUGAGUGCUGGCCAUGGUUAUCUUGCUUAAUUUAUGAUCAAAAUGCUAGAAUUUAAUCUUUCACAGUACCUCUACUUAGGAUCAUUUAACCAUGGGACAACAUGUAGAUGCGAUUUAGUUUCGCGCACUUUAAGAAAAAUUAUUGAGGUACCUGUCAAUCGGAAGCAAUUUGGGAUUCCAUUGGUUAUGUUAUACUAUGCUAUGGGAUUGGUCUAAAAAACUCGCGCCGCGAUCCUAGCGAAUCAGAUAAUAAGUUGAAACCAAGGGCGGCAUGGUCACCCGUGUGAGUACGUGUACUUGUUUGGCGUUCUGACAGGCCCCAUGUGAUAUUCCUUUUUGUACUAAUCGGCUAUCAUGAUAACUUGGGUUUUGGGGUUUUGAUUGAUGACUCCCUAUCGAAAGUUACUCUAACUCUUUGACUCUCGCGGAGUUAUGAUUUGUGUUUUAUUACCAAUAGCUUAACAUAAGUUUAAAUUAAAAAAGCGUCAUUUUCUUAUUUCAAAAUACAUUAUUUCAGCUGUUAAAUUAAUUACUUUUCAUUUUAGGUUCGAAAUCUCUAUAGCUGCGUUAAGGUGGCUGAGGACUUUGUUUCUCCAGAGGUAGGACUAGUAUUUGUUUGUUUUGUGUUCCUGUUGUUUUUCAAGGCGGGUGGGAGAAGGUGAGAAGAGAGGGGGGGAGGGGAGGGGGGAUCCUGAUUUGAUUUUAAGACAUGCUACGAAGGAAACUACAAAGUGUAUUGAAAUGUCCUUGUUUGGCUGAUUUUACACGGUUAGGCGUUAUUUUAAUCGUGCUGUUUGUGUUUACAUCCUAGCGUAUUGAUCACUGUUUCCGGAUGACUCAAGAGUUUCGUCACCUGUCAGACAAACACACAAACCACGAGGACAAGCUACAGGUAAAUUCUUUUACUUGGGUCAGUCAUUCAGUCCGUCUGUCAGUCCAUAAGUCAGCAAGUCAGUCAGUUAUUCAUUCAGUACGUCAUCCAAAAAAACUGUCAUCCAGACAGACAGCUAGUAAGUCAGUCAGUCAACCAGUAAGCCAGUCAGUUAGUCUGUUCGUUUGUCAGCUGCUUAGUCAGUCAGGUAGUCAGUCAUCCAGACAGACAGACAGACAGACAGACAGUCAGCCAGUCAGUCAGUCAGUCAGUCUGUCUGUCUGUCUGUCUGUCUGUCUGUCUGUCUGUCUGUUAGUUUGUCAGCCGCUCAGUCAGAGAGUCCGUCAGUCAUUCAUGCGAUCAGUCAGUCUGUCCAUCUUAAGGAGUUUCUUCUCUUUUCCACUCAAGGUUAAGAACAUCAUAUUCCAUGCAGUGAAGGACGCUCUUCAUUCCCUUAAAUAUCACGAACAAGAAAGCACCGACAAAACACAGAAUUCAUCGGAUGGAAUACACUGAAUCUUUAAUGUUAAGUUUUACUAUCUUUGUAUGGUUAAGCUUGCAAGUAUCGCUAAUCUGACAAAUAAGUUAUAACUAAGUUUUAACCUUUUCAUAUAUAUUCCGUCAAAGUUUAAAAUAGUUGCUAAGUGUUAUCCGCUCUCCCUUCCAGUAAUAACUCUUAGAUUUUAAGCGAAAAAGCAUAGUUUACUUUCAUCUCUAGCAUAUGGUAUUAUUAAACCCAGAAUAUGAGCGUAGCAGGACUUUCCAGACCCGCCUCUCGCCAGCCCGCUCAGCUCAAGGCUUCAUACUGUUACGCGGCGGAAAAACGCUGGUACCAAAGUACGCAGGCUUGCUGGCAGGUAGACUACUUGACUGCCAAACGAACAUUAGUUAUUUAAAAUUUGUAUUCAUCACACAUUUGCAUUAAUCCAAGUUCGACUAGUAUUUUAUUCAUAAAAAGCACGCGAAUAUCUGGUUCUAAGUCAAUUUAUUCGGAGUGUGUCCAGAAUAUAUUAUGUUAUCUCAGAGUAUGAAAAGAACGCUUUAUCAAUAAUCUCAGUGUUCCAGAUUUGAAGUUAAAGCAGUAUAUAGAUAGGAGGAUGGACUUACUCCAAAACAAUGGUUGUAUUUUCAUUUUGUUUCUGUUGUAACUCCAUUCUUCCGUUAUUGUAGUUCAGUGUAGCAAAGAAUGACUUUCGUUUCCCGGAAGAAGAUUUCUCGCCGAACUUGUAGAUAUUCUUCCUUAGCUUAAAAGAACCAGUUGACAGUCAAUUUUUUUUUCAAACUGAGAGUUAUUCCCUUGCUCUGCAACUCCAAAGACAUGAUUAGUGAUUCUCCUUUCCAGUCGCUAAACAUUUUCUUGCUAAUUAGUUAAGAGAAAUUUAUGUUUCAUCAGGAUGAAAUCCGCAAGCGGAUUCUUUUGUCUUUUCUCAUCACCUGGUUCUUUAGAUAAUUUAUUGAAGUUGUAAGGAGAAAUUACAUGCUAGUCAGUUCUUGGAGUUGAAGAGUGUAAACCACCAAGGUGUUACGUCCAGUCAGAGGUGCUCUCCAAAUGUUUUUCAAUUUUAUCCGAGUUACCUUUUUUAUUCGUAAACUUACGUAUACUCUUGA